AUGUCGUCGAGGCCGCUGCAGCGGCUCGCCGUGACGCCGCCAUCCGAGGAUUCUGACAACGUCAACUCAGGAUCGCGUUACACAAACCGCCUGUCAUCGGCGUCGUCGAAUCAUCAAUCCCCCGCGCCCGUGGACGCCCCGCAACGCGCCCACCGCGCCUGCGAAAAAUGCACGAGAACGAAGAAGAAAUGCGACAAGGGGUUGCCCGCUUGCUCGAGAUGCGCGAGGCUCACAACCAUUUGCUGUUAUGACUUCGUCGUCAACCCGCCAUCGCUGACAAUUGUCGACCAUGGCAUCUCGGCCCAGCACCAGUACAAGUUGGCAGGCGAUGUGCGGCCCGCCUUCGACUGGCUCAACCAGGUCGACUUUACUGCCGCGCAGAUCAUGCAUCUCUUGAAUAGUCGCGGUGUCGACUGGAAGGCUUCUGCCAAGACCUACUUCAACACGGUCAACACAUGGCUUGCAGUCAUUAACCCCGAAGUCUGGGAGAAGCGCUGUGCUGCCGCCCAGCUGGAUACGAACCCGAAUGAUGUUGAUGUGGCUCUGGUCGUCUUGUGCAUCCACCUGCUCACCAUAUGGAAUUGCGACGAGUUUUCUUCGACUGCAAUGUUGGACCAUCCUCUGUAUCAGUCAGCCAAACGAAUGUGGACGCUCAGGAAAGCAUUUACGAGACCCACUGUCGAGAACAUCCAAGCCGGGGUUCUGAUAUCCCUCUACGAACUGGGUCAUGGCAACAUCAUGCGAUGCUACCAGACCUUUGGCGAGGCCGCUUCUAUGGGCAAAUUACUCAACCUCAAGCCAGGAAAGUACGUUGAGGAGGAAGCAGACCUGCCAGCUGAUCCUGAAGAGGAGCAGAAACGAGCUCUCUGGUGGGUCCUCGUUAUCAUGGACAAAAUUUCCCAUGAGCAAGCCGCAACGCUUUGGACCCCUCUGCAGAUGGAUAUGCCCUCAGAGGACGACCUUCUCCCAACGGUGCAUUACCUUUGGGACGCCGAAAAGAACGGAACGGUGAAAACAAUCAAACGAUAUCCCGUCACAAUACCGGCUUCGGUGCGCGUGGGUGCCUUUCAACGAUCAUGCCAAGCUGCCAUCCUCCUUGGCUACGCCGUCAAUUGGGAGGUGGCUGCUUCCGAGCAGGAAGAACCACCUAGUGUUUAUUCUUUUGUUCAACUCGAGUCUGCUACCCGAAGUCUCUGUGAGGCUUUGAUCACCCGAUCCGAAACCUGGGGCGAGACCCUGAAUACCUACGCUCUCUGUGCGAGUCAAUUCUGUCUUCUCUUCUAUUCUUUUAUGUACGCGGCGAAUAGCCCCGAUACACCGGCACGGGACCCCGAGACGGACAUGGAAAUGAAGAAGGCCGUUGCUGGCAUCAACUUCACUAUCGGGCUAGUCAUUGACGGCUCGAGAGGCAUUUUCAAUGCUUACUCGAACCAAGACGACGUGCUGGAGCAUUGUGCGCCAGUAUGGCCUUAUGCGCAAUACCACACGAUGCAACUUCUUCUGCAUUACGAGGCUCUGCUGGAAGAUGCAGACACCCAAAUGCGCGAAGUUAGGCAAAGCGUCGAGAGUACAGCAAAAAGAUGGGGCUGCUGUCGUUGGCUGCUGGAGGAGUAUGACAGGCUUCGGGCUGCACGGAGGAGCGGAUCGCAUUUCUGCAGGAAGUGA